CCCGCUCGUUGCGAAACAACACCGCCACCGGAGUUUCAUUCGCCGGAGGAUCGAGCCUCGCCGCGCACGCCUCAGAGAUGUCGGUCGCGCCUCCCAGCCGCUCGGCCGCCGGCUGGCCGCGCGGCGGAGCCGUUCAGUUCGGGAACAAAUACAUCAGCGGGCCUGCGAAGGCGCUCUCCCUGGAGAGGACCAUCAACCUGUACCCUCUAACCAACUACACAUUUGGAACCAAGGAGCCUCUGUACGAGAAGGACAGCUCUGUGGCGGCCCGGUUCCAGCGGAUGCGUGAAGAGUUUGAUAAAAUGGGAAUGCGGAGGACAGUGGAGGGUGUCCUCAUUGUCCAUGAACACCGGCUGCCUCACGUGUUGCUGCUGCAGCUGGGCACCACUUUCUUCAAACUGCCCGGUGGAGAGUUGAGUCCUGGAGAAGAUGAGGUGGAGGGUCUGAAACGCCUGAUGACCGAGAUCCUUGGAAGGCAAGAUGGCGUGAAGCAAGACUGGGUUAUUGACGACUGUAUCGGCAACUGGUGGCGUCCAAACUUUGAGCCUCCACAGUAUCCGUAUAUUCCAGCUCACAUCACCAAACCCAAGGAGCAUAAGAAGCUAUUCCUGGUUCAGUUGCAGGAAAAAGCGCUGUUUGCUGUCCCCAAGAACUAUAAACUGGUGGCAGCACCUUUGUUUGAACUGUAUGACAACGCUCCUGGAUAUGGACCAAUCAUUUCCAGUCUUCCGCAGCUUUUGAGCAGGUAUAGUUUAUGUCAUUGUGGAACUAGCCUGAAUUGAACUGAAACCCUUGUAUUUUUCUUUUUUCUUUUCUUUUUUGACUGUCAUUAGCUUAAUUAUAAACAGUGGGAUUGAAAUCACAAGAACUGUCCGUACCAAGGAUUUGCUAUGUACAACCGCUGACAAAAUCUGUAUACCCUGUAACUUUUCUAACAAAUCAAUCGGCUUGUAUUGUUCAUGUUUUGAAAUGUAACAUAAUAAACAUUUGUAUCAACACCAAAUAACAGUGAAAGCACAUUGGUUUAAAGACGUUUAUAUUUGCAAAGUUUCGAAGGCUGCAGAUAAAGAUAAAAAACACAUGAAGUUCAGUAUGCAGGAGUAUGUCAAUUUUAUCCACAUUGCAUGCCCUUCCAAUGGCCCAGUCACACAUUCAGGUGUGAGUUUUUGAGACAUUUUGAAUUUAAAUGACCUAAAACGGUCUUAUUGUAAAGACAUAUUUUUAUAUAUAUAUAUUGCAAAGAAUGAUAAAAUGAGGCUGGAGUAAUACUUCAGAGUAGGCAACCCCUCCUAAUUCUUAGUUAAAGGGCCAGUGUGUAGCAUUUUGCAGAUAUAUUAGUAGAAAUAAUGUUUCUGUUGUGUAUCAUUACUUCAAACUAAGACUUUUUUUUUGGGCUCGAAAUGAGCACUUGAAGGAUGCCGGUCCUCUUCGCGGAAUCCGUGUUUCUAUAGUAGCCCUGAACAGAUAAACCAAACACUGGUAUUUUUAAGUUGCCCGAAAGCAAACCGUAGUUCUCUUAAACAUUCAAAUUGGGCGCUCUUGAGCCAGCAAAUGCAAAUCCAGGUACCACCAGCAGACGUCUGACUUUGGUUCUCCUAAAGUAGAGUGAUUUGGUAAGGGUGAGUAAUCGCAAACCAUGUUAACACAGUUUAGCAUUCAGUGGCUCACGUUACUUCAGUCUACCACUAAAUCCUACACACUGUCCUUUUUAAAGGUGUCCUAUAGAGGUUUUCAUUGACCAACACAUUUUGUAUCAUUAAGAUCAAACAAAUGUAUUGCAUACAUGUUUGUUUUGAGUAUUUUAAAUAUGGUGUUUACAUUAAUCUCACACAUGUUACCAGUAUUUUGCCAUCAUAGUUCUGGCCAACUCAUAAAAAUGAAGACACUAAAAAUGAAAUAAUUGUAAAAGACAACUGCCGUUAUUGUGUAAAUGAUCUCUUAACAUUAACUGAAUCUUUAAUAAUUAUCUUUUUAUAGGUUCAACUUCAUUUACGACUAACUUGAGUGAACAGAAGUACGUCUGGCUGUCUCUGUGAGUGCAGUCCUGUGUGAAUGAAGAUGAGACAAUGUGGAGAAAAAAAAUACAUCUCAUCUUUAGCUAAUCUUUCAAAAGAAAAGCUUUUCAUGCAAGACAUAUGGACAAUUAACAGGGAUGUUUAUACUAUUGGAAGAUAAUGAAAAUGUAAUCAGUCUUUUUUUUACAUUGAGAAACUGCAUGUUUUGUAGAAUACAAGUCUGUAGUACCGUAAAUAAUCAGAUUUUAUGUUCAAGGCCAAUGUUGAUUAAACAAACUACAUCCUUGCGGUGUCCUG